CGUGACACCAAACCCGGAAGCGUUCGCUAUGUAAACACGACAUUGUUGUGCCGUGUCGUGUCUGACCCAAAUUGUCAAAGAUUUACGUAAAAUAUUACUUUUAAAUGACUGAUGGAGUUGAUUCAAGCGUAAAUUCAAACUAAUUUCUUGAUACUACGUCGUGUGAAAUUGUCGCCUGGAAAGCAGCAACUUUAGGAUUAAGUCAGGGGUAAAGAUGCCACCACGAAACAUGAUGAAUUCUGGAGUGAGAUACUCAAAACUAGCUAGUGAUGAUGAUGGAUACAUUGAUCUCCAGUUUAAGAAGAGUCCACCUAAAGUCCCUUAUAAAGCGAUCGCCCUGGCAGCAGGUCUCUUCCUCAUUGGCUCUAUACUGAUCGUCAUCGGGUCUCUCCUGUUAGCAGGAUACUUUGAAGUGAACGAUCACCGUGAUCGAACCAUUCCUGUCCUAAUUAUCGGAAUCCUUGUCUUCCUCCCUGGAUUUUACCACCUGCGCAUCGCCUACUACGCCUACAAGGGUUACCGCGGUUACUCUUACGAUGACAUCCCAGACUUUGAUGACUAAAGACAGCGGGCGUCCGAGGAAUUGAGCCUCGUUCGCAUGCGUGGAGACGCACCUGCGCUCUGAUGCAUCUAAAUGGCCUGACCGGCUCUGUUUAUUUAAAUUUCAUCGACUGAGAAAGUGGUUUGAAUUCAUGAAGUGCUAUGAUUACUUUCAUGUGAUGAAAAGCAUUUUAUAUCAGAGAGAAUUCAUCAUCAGAUAACAUUAUAGAGUUCACUGUUCAGUUGCUAUAUUAGUAUUCUGUAGUGAGUUACAGGCAUGCAAAGCCUCCAGCAAGAAAACUACAAUUUGUCUGAUUUAUGUUGAAAAUCUAUUAUUAAUAAUCUUUGCUUAUUUUUAAACACAGUGCUGCUGUAAAAAUAAAAUGUUACUGUUAAGGACACUUGGCACAGAAGUCACUGCGGUUUCUUUAAAUUUGAAGCAGAAGUGGUUCAUGUUUGUAAUUUUCAUAAAUCACUUGCAGACUUGUGUAUGACGUGACUCGCGUCCCCGCAAUGUCUGCAUGUCGUGCCACUGGAUUUAAAUUAUUUUCCAUGAUGUGAAUUUUUCCCACACCAGAGAAUGCUCUGAUUAAAUAAUUUGUUGUAAAUCACA